AACAGCCUGAUCUUCUUGUUUUCAAGAAGCUUAUAACUUUUCUUUCUCACUCAUUCCCUCCUCUUCUCACCUGCCUCUUUAUAGUUGCUAUAUAUACUCUUCUUUUGCAAACAAGGACACCAAAUUAAGCUAGCUUCAGCCUUCUUCAUCAUAAAGAAAUUAGUAGUGCUUCACUAGCUUGUAGAGAGAUACAUAUAUAUCUAUACAUAUAUAUAUAUAUAUACACACACAUAAUUAUUCAAUAUGUCUAGCCGAAGGUCCAGGAAUUCGGGGUCUUCAAGGAUUUCUGAUGACCAAAUUCUAGAACUUGUUUCCAAGUUACGCCGACUAGUUCCGGAGAUUCGCGACAGGCCCUCCGGCAAGGUAGCAGCAUCCAAGGUCCUACAAGAGACCUGCAAUUACAUCAGAAACUUACACAGAGAAGUGGACGACCUAAGCCAGCGUCUGACCCAGUUGUUGGCUACCAUUGACGCUGAUAGCGCCGAGGCCGCAAUUAUUAGGAGCUUAGUCACCCAAUAGGCGUCCCUUAUAUAUAUAUAUAUAUACAUGCCUACAUAUAUAUAUAUAUAUAUACAUAUUAUAUAUAUAAGGCUGGCUAUAUAUAUGUUUAUGAUAUUUAAAUUCUAUGUAGUGUGUUCGUGUUUUUGCUAUGUUUUGGUCUAUCUAUCUAUCCAGAUCAAAACAGUGGUUGGAAUGUGCUCGAAUCCCAAGGUUUUAUUACCUGUGUGGAUCUAGGCAGUGUAAUUAAGCUAUUUUGUCAAAUAAAAGGACUUGCACUACUAUAGCAAAGCCUGGCUCAUAGUAUUAUGAA